UUGACUGGGUACAUAGCUGAGUGCAGGAAUUGUGCUGUUGCUGUCAGUAGCUAUAGGGUUUGAGCGUCUUGUAUGGGGAACUUGAAGUCGACAAUGAGGAAAAUAGCAUCCUGACGUUCGCAGCACACUCAAAGCGGAGCUGUCACGGUUCCAGGGACGGACAUGGACCCUAACGAAAACAAGGAUGUGAAGCUCUCCGUUGAGGUGGAGCCAUUUAUCCCUCAGAUAAAAGGCGCAGAUGGUGGCGUCCUGGUCCCCAUGAGCUGGCCCAGAGAGGCAGGGUUGGGAGGUGGUGGGACUGGAUUGGAGGCCACACCCAUCCCAAGCUACCUCAUCACGUGCUAUCCCUUUGUCCAGGAGAACCAGCCGCACAGCAGGCAACUCCCCAUUUAUAGUGGAGACCUGCGGUGGCAGCAACCCAACCCAAGCCCGGGAGGGCCUUACCUGGCGUACCCCAUCCUGUCUUCUGCCCAGGCGCCCGUGACCAAUGACUAUGCCUACUACCAAUUCAUGCCUGCCACUUGCUCCCCCAUGAUGGGCUUCUACCAGCCCUUCCCUGCCCCCUUCACAGCCCCUGUGCAGACCACGUUAGUUAGCUCAGUGUCGAGUGACUGCGGUGACCGCACCCCACCCUCUGCUCAGGACUACAGCAUAGCAGGCCAGAGGGGGAGAGGCCUCAUCCGCACAGCUGUGCUGCCCAAGCAGCUUUCUCAGCUAAUGAGAACCAAAAGACAACACAUAAGGAAGGAGAGCAGUUCCUCUGGUCCUGACGGUCGAAAGAUGGUCCUCCUUGUGGAUGCUGCCCAGCAGACUGAUCUUAACGUUGAGGCCACUGGAACACCCCCUUUGGAGACAAUGAGCCCACUGGUAUGGAAGGGCCGGGCAAGGCGAAGACGUACACCCCAGCUGGCAGUGGCCGAGUCGUCCAGCGAGCAUGGUGCCAGCGAGGCCGACAUCGACAGCGACAGUGGCUACUGCAGCCCCAAGCACCACCAGGUUGUUGGAGCAGGCCUACGACCCCACGACCCCAACGACACCGCGGGGGCUGAAGUGGGCAUAAUGACGGCAUUGAGCUGGGUGAAUGUGGCCUCGCAGAAGCCCUGGGUAGACAGAAAUGCUGCCUUUCAGAGAGCAGGAAAUGCACCUGAGCGCAGAAACUACCCUCAGCUGGAUUUGCAGGUGGGGUACCGUGGGUAUGGAGGCAGUAGCGGCACUCUGUCAAAAAGGGGGUGUGGUUUACAAAACAGGCUUCAGGAGGGAGCAGUACAGGCCACACCCCCUCAUCCCACAACAGUGAUUCAAACAGAGCCCCUUUAUUUUGAGGAUGAAGAUGAGUUUCCUGAGCUGGUCCCUGAGGGAUCUAGAGGAUCUCCUGUGCUGAGCAAACCCGAGGAGGUCCAGCCCAAACUUGCCAAGAGCCUGCUGGAGAACCUUCCAGAGAGCUCGCCCAUCAGCAUUGUGCAGACACCCAUCCCUAUAACUACUUCCAUCCCCAAGAGAGCAAAGAGCCAGCGGAAGAAAGCACUGGCGGCUGCGCUGGCCACAGCACAGGAGUACUCUGAGAUCAGCAUGGAGCAGAGAAAAAUACAGGAGGCACUGAGGAAGGCGGCAGGGAAGAAGAGUAAGACCCCUGUGCAGCUGGACCUGGGGGACAUGUUGGCAGCCCUGGAGAAACAGCAGCAGGCCAUGAAGGCCCGACAGCUCACCAAAGCCAAGCCCCUGUCCUACACAGUGGGCACCACAGGGCUCUUCAAUAGCAAAGACUCAGAUAGCAAGGCAAUGACACUGAAGAGCCAGCGAUAUACUGUCCCCCACAACAUGCUGGACUCCACAGCCCCCAGGGUGAAGAGAGGGAAGGAGCGGGAGGUCCCCAAAGUGAAGAGGCCCACCACACUGAAAAAGAUCAUUCUGAAGGAAAGAGAAGGAAAGAUAAGCAGGUUCUCCCUGGACCAGAGCCCGACAGGGCUGGAGGAACAGAGGGAUGAAGAGCUGCAUUCCCAAACGUCCUUUUUGGUUAUGUGUUUGUUUGCUCUCACAGAGAACAGACUGAGCAUGCCCAGUGAUGUGUCCCUGUCUCCAGCCAGUCAGAACUCUCUGUACAGCAUCACUCCCAUUUCGCAGGGCUCACCUGCUAGCUCUGGGAUCGGUAGCCCCAUGGCCACCUCCGCCAUCACCAAAAUCCACAGCCGGAGGUUCCGGGAGUACUGUAACCAGGUCCUGAAUAAGGACAUAGAUGAGAGUGUGACACUGCUGCUGCAGGAGCUUGUAUGCUUCCAGGAGCGGGUCUACCAGAAGGACCCCACCAAAGCCAAGGCUAAGCGGCGCCUGGUGAUGGGGCUUCGCGAGGUCACCAAGCACAUGAGGCUCCACAAAAUCAAGUGUGUUAUCAUCUCGCCCAACUGUGAGAAGAUCCAGGCCAAAGGGGGUCUGGAUGAAGCCCUGUACAAUGUCAUCACCAUGGCGAGGGAGCAGGAGAUCCCCUUUGUGUUUGCACUGGGGCGCAAGGCGCUGGGUCGCUGCGUCAACAAGCUGGUGCCUGUCAGUGUGGUGGGCAUCUUCAACUUCUCUGGCGCUGAGGGCCUAUUCAGCCGGCUGGUGUCCCUGACAGAGGAGGCCCGGAAGGCCUACAGGGACAUGGUGUCAGCGCUGGAGCAGGAGCAAGCCGAGGAGGCCCUGAAGAACAUCAAGAAGGUCCCGCACCACAUGGGUCACUCCCGGAACCCCUCGGCUGCCAGCGCCAUUUCCUUCUGCAGUGUCAUCUCUGAGCCCAUCUCUGAGGUCAAUGAGAGAGAGCAUGAGACCAACUGGAGGAACAUGGUAGAGAUGCCGGAUGAUGUGGAGGCUGAAGAGAGCGAAAGGGAGACAUGUGGACUUGGCUCGACCCCCACAGCCCCCCUGUCCACAAGGGAGGAGGGGCGACCUGAUGACCGACUGGAGCAGGCAUCCCAGCAGAGCACAGAGACAGGGUCUCUGGACGGGAACAGCCGAGACCCACGGAUCCCCUCCGUCACCAGCACCGCCAGCACACUGGUGCCUGGAAUGUUGGAGGAAGAGGAGGAAGAGGAGGAGGAAGAGCCUGUCUCUGCCCAGGCACCCUCCUUCAGCAGUAGGAUCGAAUCCUGGGUGUUCGAGACACUAGAAAAUCUGCAGUUAGGUGCAGGGCACAACAGCAGUGAGGAAGAGGAAGAGGAAGAGGAGGGGGAGAGAGGGUGCAUUGAUGAAGAAGAGCUGGACUCAACCGAGCUGACUGAACCAGGGUUUGACAUGGUAGAUCAGCUGGAGCUUAAAAAUGCCUCAUGUUGACUCUCUCCACCCACUUUGUGCUGUGAUGCUGCUGACUUAUCUCAGGGAUCAGAAACACACCAGCCAACACAUAAACAACACAAUAACCAGCCAAGGCACAAAAACAAAAACAACUCACUGACCCCCCUGCAAAUUUCUCAGCCACACGCCAACAUACCAACACACAGACCAUUCAAUACUCAAACUAAACAAGUCAGCACAUGCCCUUACAACAACCAGCCUGAUGCUUGCACAGAGCACCUUUUACUAUUUAUUUUUGAUAUAUUGAUACCCUUGUUGUCAAAGAGAUAUUCAGAAUCACCAUCAUGUGCUGCCCAGAUUUUGGCAGGACUGUUUUUAAUGAGAGCAGUUUUGGUUUGUGUAAAUGCUUAAAAAUGUAUAUAUAAAAAUGUGUUUGUGGUUAGACCUCAUUCUGACCUGAUUGUGCAAGCAGUUGAAAACAACACGGCCAUUUUGAUAUUCUGCUCAUGUAGCGCUAACCAGCACUGCACACAGCAAACAGAAGUAGUGGGAAGCAGCCACAGCGUGGGACUCAGGUGGUGGGUUCCUGUUUUGGUGGUGUGGUGAGUGGCUCCUGCCUUGCCCUCAUAAUCCCAUUUGUAGUAUCCAGGGGAUAUAUGUGACAGUGUAACCCAGAGCCGGAUAGAAGCAGCAAAGAGAGCACAAGGGCUAUGGUCUUAAUUAGGCCAGCAAUGGCUGCACUUAAAAUGUUUUACUCAUUUUUAUAUUUACUUUACUUGUUCUUAGCAUGUGAGUUCCUGGGAGUGACCCUGAAAGCAUGCAGUAAGAUCAGUGUUCCAACUCAGCUGAUAAUGUAGUGCUGUAACAUGCAGUCAUACUACUGCAUAAAUGUAUAAAGUGCUGUGAAAAUUCAGUUGGCAUUCUCACCUGAUGGAAAUAGUGUGAAGGAAAAAACUACAUUCAGUGUUCUUGGCGUUUGCUCAAAUCUCCAGAAUUUCCAGAAAUGAAGCCAUCUUAGAAAAGGUAAUGUAAAUAAUAUGGAUAUAGGCAAAUUAAACAAAGCUGAAACUUGCAAAUUAUUAGUGUACAUAGUAUGUUCAGGUAGC